AUGACCCAAGAAAAUAAAAACUGUGUGAAACAAUUGAAGACGAUGCUUGAUAAGGUCGAUUGGGAGGUCGAAGACGAGCGACGUGAACUUCUCCGUCAACUUUAUGCUUUGAUCAGCGGUUGGUACGGUCAACUUCCAGAUCUCCGGGACAUGUUUCGGCCCGAAGCUAUCGAUUGGCUUCUCACGGAGUCUCUGAAAGACACCUUCGACAGCGACGACAGAGGAAUCGCGCCACAAACUCUCAUCGACUUCGUGAUCAGGACCGGCUACAAAGACGAGCCCAAAGUCGAUGGAGACGACAAGCCAUCCUCGCGUCGCACCACACCGAUACAUCAUGCGUACAGAAUUAGUUGUAAAAAUUACAUAAUUGCUAAUCUUUUUAAAAUAUACGAUAGAUUCGAUGUUAAUUACACCGACGAUUGUGGACACACGCAUUUUGAAGUGGCCUGCGAGUAUGGCCUUGAAGACGUCGUCAAGAAAUUCCUCGAUCACGGACAGGAUCCCAACUGCAUCGUGCCAAAAACAGGUGACUCGCCGCUAUACUUGGCUCUGAGGUGGAACGAAAGCAAAGAAGUGGCAAUAUUGCUUUUGAGAAACGGCGCAGAUCCGAAUCUAGCUAAUGCAGAGGGAUCGACUCCCCUGCACAUUAUCAGCACUAUGAACUUCGAUGAAGAUAUAGUAAAGGUAUUAUUCGAGAUUAGUGACGAAAAUAAUCUGUCCCUGCAGGUCAACGCUCUGGACAACGUGGGUGACACACCGUUGACCUUAGCUUUGACCAUGGCUACUCGUUACGCAGUGUGA